CCGAAACUCCCCGCGCUGCUCUUUCCCGCCCGUCGCCGGGCGGCUUCAAAGCUGUCAACGUUUCCUUUAGCCCCCAGAACCAGUGACAGCUUGCCAACACUUGGGGUCACAUGUGAGCCUCCCACAUGUGUUCACUCUCCAUCCCAGCUCUGUGAUUGAACUCUGCUCUUAUUGACUAGGGGGCACUUGGGCAGGCAUGCUUCAUUCCUGGAAUUGACAGUCAUUUCAUAAGAAGUUGGAUUCCAUGGGUUCCAAGAGAAGAAGAGCUACCUCCCCUUCCAGCAGUGUCAGUGGAGACUUUGACGAUGGGCACCAUUCUGUGCCUACACCAGGCCCAAGCAGGAAAAGGAGAAGACUGUCUAAUCUUCCAACUGUGGAUCCUAUUGCUGUGUGCCAUGAACUCUAUAACACCAUCAGAGACUAUAAGGAUGAGCAGGGCAGACUCCUCUGUGAGCUGUUCAUUAGGGCACCAAAGCGGAGAAAUCAACCAGACUAUUAUGAAGUGGUUUCUCAGCCCAUUGACUUGAUGAAAAUCCAACAGAAACUUAAAAUGGAAGAGUAUGAUGAUGUUAAUCUGCUGACUGCAGACUUCCAGUUGCUUUUUAACAAUGCAAAGGCUUAUUAUAAGCCAGAUUCCCCUGAAUAUAAAGCUGCUUGUAAACUCUGGGAUUUGUACCUUCGAACAAGAAAUGAAUUUGUUCAAAAAGGAGAAGCAGAUGACGAAGAUGAUGAUGAAGAUGGGCAAGACACUCAAGGAACUGAAGGUUCUUCUCCAAGUUACCUAAAGGAGAUCCUGGAGCAGCUUCUUGAAGCCAUAGUUGUAGCCACAAAUCCAUCAGGACGGCUCAUCAGUGAACUUUUUCAGAAACUCCCUUCCAAAGUGCAAUAUCCAGACUAUUAUGCAAUAAUUAAGGAGCCUAUAGAUCUCAAGACCAUUGCUCAGAGAAUACAGAAUGGAAGCUACAAAACUAUUCAUGCAAUGGCCAAAGAUAUAGAUCUUCUAGCAAAAAAUGCCAAAACAUAUAAUGAGCCUGGUUCUCAAGUAUUCAAGGAUGCCAAUUCGAUUAAAAAAAUAUUUUAUAUGAAAAAGGCAGAAAUUGAACAUCAUGAAAUGGCUAAAUCAAGUCUUCGAAUAAGGACUGCAUCAAAUUUGGCUGCAGCCAGGCUGACAGGUCCUUCGCACAGUAAAAGCAGCCUUGGUGAAGAAAGAAACCCCACUAGCAAGUAUUACCGUAAUAAAAGAGCAGUCCAAGGGGGUCGCUUAUCAGCAAUUACCAUGGCACUUCAGUAUGGCUCGGAAAGUGAAGAGGAUGCUGCUUUAGCUGCCGCACGUUAUGAAGAAGGGGAAUCUGAAGCUGAAAGCAUUACUUCCUUUAUGGAUGUCUCCAAUCCUUUUCAUCAGCUUUAUGACACAGUUAGGAGCUGUCGGAAUAACCAAGGGCAGCUCAUAGCCGAACCUUUUUUCCAUUUGCCUUCAAAGAAAAAAUACCCAGAUUAUUAUCAGCAAAUUAAAAUGCCUAUAUCGCUUCAACAGAUCAGAACAAAACUAAAGAACCAAGAAUAUGAAACUUUAGAUCAUUUGGACUGUGAUCUGAAUUUAAUGUUUGAAAAUGCCAAACGCUAUAAUGUUCCCAAUUCAACCAUCUAUAAGCGAGUUCUGAAAUUGCAGCAAGUCAUGCAGGCAAAGAAGAAAGAGCUUGCCAGGAGAGAUGACAUUGAGGAUGGAGACAGCAUGAUCUCUUCCGCUACUUCUGAUACUGGUAGUGCCAAAAGAAAAAGGAAUACUCAUGACAGUGAGAUGUUGGGUCUCAGGAGGCUAUCCAGUAAAAAGAACAUAAGAAAACAGCGAAUGAAAAUUUUAUUCAAUGUUGUUCUUGAAGCUCGAGAGCCAGGUUCAGGCAGAAGACUUUGUGAUCUAUUUAUGGUUAAGCCAUCCAAGAAGGACUAUCCUGAUUACUAUAAAAUCAUCUUAGAGCCAAUGGACCUGAAAAUAAUUGAGCAUAACAUCCGAAAUGACAAAUAUGCAGGUGAAGAAGGAAUGAUGGAAGACAUGAAACUCAUGUUCCGAAAUGCCAGGCACUACAAUGAGGAGGGCUCCCAGGUAUACAAUGAUGCUCAUAUCCUGGAGAAGUUACUCAAAGAUAAAAGGAAAGAGCUGGGACCACUACCUGAUGAUGAUGACAUGGCUUCUCCCAAGCUUAAGCAGAGUAGAAAGAGUGGUGUUUCUCCUAAGAAAUCAAAGUACAUGACUCCAAUGCAGCAGAAGCUAAAUGAAGUGUAUGAAGCUGUAAAGAACUAUACUGAUAAGAGGGGUCGCCGUCUCAGUGCUAUAUUUCUAAGACUCCCCUCUAGAUCAGAGCUGCCUGACUACUAUCUGACCAUUAAAAAACCCAUGGACAUGGAAAAAAUUCGAAGUCACAUGAUGGCAAACAAAUACCAAGAUAUAGAUUCUAUGGUAGAGGACUUUGUCAUGAUGUUUAAUAAUGCCUGUACCUACAAUGAACCAGAGUCUUUAAUCUACAAAGAUGCUCUUGUCCUACAUAAAGUCCUCCUUGAAACCCGGAGAGACCUGGAGGGAGAUGAGGAUUCUCAUGUCCCAAAUGUGACCUUGCUGAUUCAAGAACUUAUCCAUAAUCUUUUUGUGUCAGUCAUGAGUCAUCAGGAUGAUGAGGGAAGAUGUUACAGUGACUCCUUAGCAGAAAUUCCUGCUGUGGAUCCGAACUUUCCCAACAAACCUCCCCUUACAUUUGACAUUAUUAGGAAGAAUGUUGAAAGUAAUCGCUAUCGGCGACUUGAUUUAUUUCAGGAGCAUAUGUUUGAAGUAUUGGAAAGAGCAAGAAGGAUGAAUAGGACAGAUUCCGAAAUAUAUGAAGAUGCAGUAGAACUUCAGCAGUUUUUUAUUAGAAUUCGUGAUGAACUCUGCAAAAAUGGAGAGAUCCUUCUUUCUCCAGCACUCAGCUAUACCACAAAACAUUUACAUAACGAUGUUGAAAAAGAAAAAAAGGAAAAAUUACCUAAAGAAAUAGAGGAAGAUAAACUAAAACGAGAAGAAGAAAAAAGAGAAGCUGAAAAAAGUGAAGAUUCCUCAGGUACUGCAGGCCUCUCAGGCUUACAUCGUACCUACAGCCAAGACUGCAGCUUUAAGAAUAGCAUGUAUCAUGUUGGAGAUUAUGUCUAUGUUGAACCUGCAGAGGCCAAUCUACAACCACAUAUAGUCUGUAUUGAGAGACUGUGGGAGGAUUCGGCUGGUGAAAAAUGGUUGUAUGGCUGUUGGUUUUAUCGGCCAAAUGAAACAUUCCAUUUGGCUACACGAAAAUUUCUGGAAAAAGAAGUUUUUAAGAGUAACUAUUACAAUAAAGUUCCUGUUAGUAAAAUUCUAGGCAAAUGUGUAGUCAUGUUUGUCAAGGAAUACUUUAAAUUAUGCCCAGAAAACUUUCGAGAUGAGGAUGUUUUUGUCUGUGAAUCAAGAUACUCUGCUAAAACCAAGUCUUUCAAGAAAAUUAAACUGUGGACAAUGCCCAUCAGCUCAGUUAGAUUUGUCCCUCGGGAUGUACCCUUGCCUGUGGUUCGAGUGGCCUCAGUAUUUGCAAAUGCAGAUAAAGGGGAUGAUGAGAAGAAUACAGACAACUCAGAGGACAAUCGAGCUGAAGACAAUUUUAAUUUGGAAAAGGAAAAAGAAGAUGUUCCUGUAGAGAUGUCCAAUGGUGAACCAGGUUGCCACUACUUUGAGCAGCUUCAUUACAAUGACAUGUGGCUGAAGGUUGGCGACUGUGUCUUCAUCAAAUCCCAUGGCUUGGUGCGCCCUCGUGUGGGCAGAAUUGAAAAAGUAUGGGUUCGAGAUGGAGCUGCAUAUUUUUAUGGCCCCAUUUUCAUUCACCCAGAAGAAACGGAACAUGAGCCCACAAAAAUGUUCUACAAAAAAGAAGUAUUUCUGAGUAAUCUGGAGGAAACCUGCCCCAUGAGUUGUAUUCUGGGAAAAUGUGCUGUGUUGUCAUUCAAGGACUUCCUCUCCUGCAGGCCAACUGAAAUACCAGAAAAUGACAUUCUGCUUUGUGAGAGCCGCUAUAAUGAGAGUGACAAGCAGAUGAAGAAAUUCAAGGGGUUGAAGAGGUUUUCACUCUCUGCUAAAGUUGUAGAUGAUGAAAUUUACUACUUCAGAAAACCAAUCAUUCCUCAGAAAGAACCCUCACCUUUGUUGGAAAAGAAGAUACAAUUGCUAGAAGCUAAGUUUGCUGAGUUAGAAGGUGGAGAUGAUGAUAUUGAAGAGAUGGGAGAAGAGGAUAGUGAGGUCAUUGAACCUCCAUCUCUACCUCAGCUUCAGACUCCCCUGGCCAGUGAGCUGGACCUCAUGCCCUACACACCCCCUCAGUCUACCCCAAAGUCUGCCAAAGGCAGUGCAAAGAAGGAAGGUUCUAAACGGAAAAUCAACAUGAGUGGCUACAUUCUAUUCAGCAGUGAAAUGAGAGCUGUGAUUAAAGCCCAGCACCCAGACUACUCUUUUGGGGAGCUCAGCAGACUGGUGGGGACAGAAUGGAGAAACCUUGAGACAGCCAAGAAAGCAGAAUAUGAAGAGCGGGCAGCUAAAGUUGCUGAGCAGCAGGAGAGAGAGCGAGCAGCACAGCAACAGCAACCGAGUGCUUCUCCCCGAGCAGGCACCCCUGUGGGGGCUCUCAUGGGGGUGGUGCCACCACCAACACCAAUGGGGAUGCUCAAUCAGCAGUUGACACCUGUUGCAGGCAUGAUGGGUGGCUAUCCGCCAGGCCUUCCACCUUUGCAGGGCCCAGUUGAUGGCCUUGUUAGCAUGGGCAGCAUGCAGCCACUUCACCCUGGGGGGCCUCCACCUCACCAUCUUCCGCCAGGUGUGCCUGGCCUCCCAGGCAUCCCACCACCCGGUGUUAUGAACCAAGGAGUAGCCCCCAUGGUAGGGACUCCAGCACCAGGUGGAAGUCCAUAUGGGCAACAGGUAGGAGUUUUGGGGCCUCCAGGGCAGCAGGCACCACCUCCAUAUCCUGGUCCUCAUCCAGCUGGCCCCCCUGUCAUUCAGCAGCCAACAACACCCAUGUUUGUGGCUCCCCCACCAAAGACCCAAAGGCUUCUCCACUCAGAGGCCUACCUGAAAUAUAUUGAAGGACUCAGUGCUGAAUCCAACAGCAUUAGCAAGUGGGACCAAACUCUGGCAGCUCGAAGACGGGAUGUCCAUUUGUCAAAAGAACAGGAGAGCCGCCUACCUUCUCACUGGCUCAAAAGUAAAGGGGCACACACCACCAUGGCAGAUGCCCUCUGGCGCCUUCGGGAUUUAAUGCUUCGAGACACUCUUAACAUUCGACAAGCAUACAACCUAGAAAAUGUUUAAUCUCAUCACUGUGUUUCUUCUAUAGAAGCAAAGAGUUGUGGGAAAGGUAGCCAUUUUAGUUACUGGGGGUGGGAGGGAGGAACAAAGGAUGAUAAUUUUUAUUGCAUUUUACUGUACAUCACAAGGUCAUUUUUAUAUAAGGACACUUUUAAUAAGCUAUUUCAAUUUGGUUUUGUUAUAUUAAGUUGACUAUCAAAUACACAGAUUUUUUUUUGCAUACGUUUCCUUUGUUUAAAACCAGUUUCAUAAUUGGUUAUAUACAUAGUCAUAGUUUUAUCUUGUUAAAGGACUUAAAUCAACAAAGGUUUUGGCUUGGCUUGGGGUUUGGUUUUCUUUUUUAUAAAUAUAUAUAUUAUAUAUAUAUAUACACACACAAGAAAAAAAUUUAAAAAAAAAAACAGAGUUUACAAAUUAGUUUAAAUUGACAAUGAAAUGUGAAUUUGGUCCUAGUUUACAUCUUAGAGGAGUGUAUAUGUAUGUUUCACAUGCCUAAAUAUCUGCAAAGUGCUGUGAAAGGUUGUUUAUAGACGAUAGGUGUGUGACAGACUUAACAUAUUUGCUGUAUUAACACAGAAGCUCACUAUAGAAAUCUAAAGUCAGUGCUGUGUAUCCAUCCACAGCCAGUGUAACUGAAGGAAAAAAAUAACUUUGUGCUGAGUUUAACAUCUGUAUUGUCAGUGACUUUUGCAGACCAUGUGCCCAGAUCUGACUUAUAUUUAGUUUUGGAAGGUAAGUUUGAGUACUUAUGAUCUGUUUAUGCCUUCAUGUUAUAUGAUUUGAAACUUUACAUCUGUUGCCUUGAAAAAAAUUGAAGAAAGUACUGAAGUACAUAUGGAGGUGGUUUAUUAAGCAUAAUACCCUACCUAAGAAAGAGUCUAAAUGGACACAAGCUUUGUCUUGCAUGUAACUGUGCAAGGGUAGACUGCCUACAUAUGCAGAUGCUCUGGAUUCUUUAUUUCUCUGUUAUCAGUUAUGGUAUUUCGUUUGUUUCAGGGUUAGAAUUCUCAACCAGAAGUAAUACUUUUUAAAAUAUUUUUGAAUUCAGCUUGUGCUUUGGAUUAUGGGAAAAGGAAUUAUACUUUAAGAAAAUGUUCACAAGUACUGUCAGGAUGGCCGAGCGGUCUAAAAAUGUUCACAAAACAAACUAUUACAGAUCCCAAACACUUGGACUUGGUGACCUUGUCUUUCUUUCUUUUCUUUUUUUGAGACAUGGUCCCACUAUGUACUUUGGCUGGACUGGAAAUCAUUGUGUAGACCACGAUAGCCCCAAACUCAACACCUGCCAUCCUCUUCCUCCCAAGUGCUGGGAUUAAAGGCGGUGCUAUAAUGCUCAGCCACUGCAACCCUGUCUUUCUAACACAGCCCUAGAAUAAACAUUCUGAGGCAGUGUACGAUGUUCAGGUGGCAGCAUUUCACAUGGUGGUCUGUUUUUUAAACCUGCUUUAUUCUAAUAGGAUGGUUGUGUUAUGCUGAUGCUGCCACUGUUCACUGAGAAUGAUUGUCAAAAGACAAUCUUUUCCUUUAAAAUAUAAUGAAUCAGUACUCGUGUUUAAUUGCCAUGCUUAAUAAAUCAUGAGAGUAUAUAAUGCAAAGAAGUCCCCGGUAUCUGCUUUAAAUCCAGGAACCCUUGUGACUUAAUGCCAAUAGUCAACCACUACAUCUAAGUUUUCAUCAAGUAUUUUAAAGAAUUUUAAAUUUUAAAAAAUGUACUGCAGAUUAUGCCAGUACCUUAUUGCUAAACUGAAUUAAAUAUUUGAUUCCUGGUCAUUUGGACCCUUGACUCAUCAUGAACUAUGAAAUGUAAUCAGGUUCUUUUCUUUUUAGGUACCCUUGAAUUACACCAAAGAACCAGAAACUUCAUUUUGGUUAAAUUAUUUAUUUCAUGAACUCAUUUUAUUUCUCUUGUUAAAGGUUUAGAUGCAGCUCCCUAGGAGCCUCUAAAAACCCUUCACUGUCAGCAACCAGGGGCACUAGAAGCCAGAGCACUCCUCCUGCUGGCUCCUCCCCAGUGCAUUAGUGCUGGAGGAACCAAGAGCCAGCCCAGGUUCCCUUAUAGUAGAAAUCCAGCACAGGGUGUCACUAAAGCAGGCCCUGAUGAAGUUUAAAAAACAAUUAAUUAGUUAAUUAAAACCAUUAAGAUACUAUUUAUUUUAGAAUCAUGCUUUUAGAGAAUACCAGUUAUUACUUAGGAUAUAGGAUUUGAGAUCAGUCAUCUUCAAAAAAAGAAAAAGCUUGACUUAAGGCAGUACAAGUAAACAAUACACUUUCUCGUGACUUAAGAACUGUAGUAAUGUGGCUUAAGAAAUAUAAUGACCUAAUUGUUUUCAAAAUGUAAGUUCCUAUGAAGAGUUUUGUUUAUAUUGAGUUGGGGGACCUAUAGGUUUAAAAUGUCAGCCAACUGAUUUAAAAGACCUUGGUUUUACUAAAUCUGCCUUCUCCUUCUGAACUGGGGUGGGAGUGAGGGACACUUGUGUAAAAUCCCCAAAUUGAUGUUAUAACUUUCAGCUUGAACAUUGGUUUCCAGGCCUGAUUAAAGAGUGGUUCAUUCUAUUUUCUGUACUCUAUCAUUAUCUGAAGUUUAAGUGGUAACUGGUUCUAUACCGUGUAUGUAUCAUAUGUUUGUUCAUCAAAGCUUUUUAAUCCAAAUAAAAACAAGAGUUUGCAAAGUGA